GGCGUGUCUGUGGAACUGUUUGAUGGAGAGGGCGUGUUGCCUAAGAAGCCGGAAAAUAACGCGAUACUCUUUACCAAGGAGCAGUUUAAUGCUGGGCUUCGAUUCCCUGUCCCGUCUCUGCUCAAGGAAUUUCUGCACUUCACCCAGAUUCCUCCAGUGUACGUACAUCCCAACAUGAUCCGGGUGCUGAUGGGGUGCAGCAUCCUGAGCAUGUUGUUUAAUUUGGACCUCUCAUUACUGGAGGUUCUUUUCGUUUACUCGAUCAAGAAGGUGAAGAGUAACAUCUUCAGCUUCGUCGCCAGCCUUCCAUCCCUGCAACUGGUGACAAACCUACCGGAUUCGAAUAAAAAGGCCGCCAAGGGGCAGGUGCUGGUCAAGGGCGUAUGGGCAGGUUUGUCUGAGCAUCCGGAUAGGCCCUUUGUUCCCAAUCAGUCACUGGAGAUUCCAGACCAGGAUAAGAGGGGAAAACUGGUGGAGUGGGUGGAGAAGGCUUCGUUCGACCGUUUGAACAAGCUCUUCGAGAUAACUUCGGCCGAGCGGAGAUGCGAACUGCUUCUUUCUACGCAGAACCUCCGCUUGUGGUAG